AUGAAGUUGCGUUGGCACUCUCAAAAAACCUUUGCCAUUUGUCUCAUUUUUUUUUACCACUCCCUCAUUUUCUCUAUCCAGCUAGUGGUGCACGAGCUCAAGUCGCCGGCAUUCGACCCGAUGUUCUACCAGUGUGUCGACUACGGCUUCAGGGACAAGUAUUUCAAACUUUGGUGGCUUUACCAUAUCUUCGUCACUCUCAUGAUGUACGUGGUUCCCUUGGCAACCAUAUUCGCUUGUUAUUCGGCAAUCGUCUGCAAGAUAUGCAGGAGAACCAAUGGUUUAUUGAGCUGGAGUAAGAAACCUAGGAAGACCACGCUACGCAUGGCGGGAAAUGACGGCAUACCUCGUGCACGUAUGCGCGCAUUUCGUCUCACCGCCGCCAUCGUCGGAGGUUUCGUCAUCUGCUGGUCACCUUACUACAUCGUCUCGACGUGGUACCACGUCGACCAUGGCUGGCAAGACGAGUCCGACGCACCGGAUCCUCCUUGGUUGUUCGAUGUCCUCAUCGCCCUCGGGUACCUAAACACGUGCGUCGACCCCGUCCUCUAUGGCAUCUUCACCACCAAGCUAGCCCGUGACGUCAGACACUGCUGGCGCUCUCCCAAGCCGGUCGCUAGAGGGAGGCAGAGGUUGACGAGUCGACGGUCGACCUCAUCUUCGAACAACAAUCCAAUGACGGCGGGGUCUUCGGUUCGACUUGGAAUGACUACGGUUAAUGUGGUCAGUGAGGAGAGGCAGGCGGUGCACUUUAACAUUCCAGACGAAUAUGAGAGAACGGUUAUGUCUUAAAGAGGGUUGGGGUAAUUGGUUUUGCCUGGGCCAUUUUAUGGAAGACAAAAAGUGAUUCGGUUUACGUAGGAUAUCUGUUUUACUUCCGGAAUCAGAGUGCCCCGAUCUUGUUUGAAGAAAUAGGAAAUGAUCUGAACGUUGUCGCCAUUCUUUUUUGCAGCGCGACCAACCAAAUUU